AAUACGCGCAGCGCACCUAUCCCCCAGUACCACCGGCAACCGACGGACCCCGCACCUACUCCACCCCCUCCCCCUCCCCCUCCCCUCCGGCCGCCCGACCGACGCCGCAGCCGGCGCAUCGCCGCGAUGGGCCGCAAGCUCGCGCUCCUGGUGGGCAUCAACUACCCCGGCACCAAGGCCGAGCUCAAGGGCUGCCACAACGACGUUGACCGCAUGCACAAGUGCCUCGUCGACCGGUUCGGCUUCGACGAGGACAACAUCACCGUCCUCCUCGACCGCGGCUCCUCGGGGCCGCAGCCCACCGGCGCCAACAUCCGCCACGCGCUGGCCAAGCUCGUGGGGGAAGCGCGCCGUGGGGACUUCCUCUUCUUCCACUACAGCGGCCACGGCACGCGGCUGCCGGCCGAGACCGGGCAGGACGACGACACCGGGUACGACGAGUGCAUCGUGCCCAGCGACAUGAAUCUCAUCACAGAUCAAGAUUUCAGAGAUCUCGUGCAGAAGGUCCCGGAUGGUUGCAUAUUUACCAUCGUCUCCGACUCAUGCCACAGUGGUGGCCUACUGGACAAGGCAAAGGAACAGAUAGGCAAUAGCACCAAGCAGAAUCAGACCCAGUCUCGUGAACCCGAAGAAGAGCGAUCUCAUUCUGGCGGCGGGUUCCGGUCCUUCCUCAAAGAGACCGUUCGUGACGCGUUUGAGUCUCAUAGCCGCCACGGAGGUGAGGACCAGGAUGAGCAACCAACUGGGGAUGGCCUCACUAAAAAUCGCUCUCUGCCACUCUCAACACUUAUUGAGAUGCUCAAGGAGCAAACUGGGAAGGAUGACAUUGAGGAGGGCUCAAUCCGGCUGACUCUGUUUAACGUCUUCGGGGACGAUGCCAGCCCAAAGAUCAAGAAGUUCAUGAAAGUCAUGCUUGAUAAGUUCCAUGAAGGUGGAUCAGGUGAGCAGGGCGGUGUCAUGGGCAUGGUUGGUUCGCUAGCUCACCAGUUCCUGAAGGCUAAGCUUGAAGGCACCGAGGAAGAGACUUUCAAGCCGGCGAUAGAACAAGAUAUGGGCAGUGCUGAGGAGGCGUAUGCCGGGACCAAGUCAUGGGCGCCUAACAACGGCAUCCUCAUCAGUGGGUGCCAAACCAGCCAGACAUCAGCAGAUGCAACCAUACCGGGGGGUACGUCCUUUGGCGCGAUGAGCAAUGCCAUCCAGGCCAUUCUCGCGAGCGAUGAUGGAAAGAUAACAAACAAGGAUCUCGUCAUGAAAGCGCGUGCAGCGCUGUCCAAGCAAGGAUACACUCAGCAGCCUGGGCUCUACUGCAGUGAUGAGCAUGUUCAUGUGGCUUUCAUCUGCUGAAACAUGGAUUGAUGUUGUGCUUUUUUUUCCUUUCUGUGAUGAGCUGUGCACGAGAGGUUUCAGUUUUCCCUUGCCCCCCCUGGUUUGCUGUGGUUAUGUAUUUAUGUCAAAAACUGUGAGUUGAACUACGUCAGUACUGAAAUAAGGAAUUGCCAUGUAAACUUUAUACAUAGUACACAUAUAGUUGCUUCUUUAGUUUCA